UGUGCUGGUAAUUGAUGAAUUUCACAUGCUUUUCGAUGCAAGUCGUGGCCCAUUGGUCGAACAGAUUGUUGGCAAAAUGCUAUAUAUUUCACAAUUUCUGAAUGCAACGCUGCCAAAUUUGAACGAGCUGAGCGACUGGUUGAACGCCCAGAAAUAUCAAACACAGUUUCGUCCGGUGGAAUUGAACGAACUGAUAAUGUGUGGAUCGGAGCUGUAUGAUACAAAUACAAUGGAAAUUGUGCGCUCAAUGCCGGCCGAAUUUGCUGUCCCAAAUGAUAGUGAACAAAUCGUACAGUAUGCGUUUUCAGAAUUAAAUUAG